AAAACGACAACUACCAUGAUGCCUUAAUCAACAUAGACGUGGUGGGCGUUUAAGAAAGGUCCCCGGAUGCAGUUGUGAUUGACUGUACACUGCUAAAAAGUUUCGCUCUAGUCGAGAGGUGCGUCUGCAGCCCGUGUGGUAGGUCGGUGUUAGGAAGGCAGCAGGACAGGAGACAGAAUGCAGAACGUAAAGUGUGUAGUGGUGGGGGACGGUGCCGUGGGUAAAACAUGCCUCCUCAUCUCCUACACCACCAACGCUUUCCCUGAGGAGUACAUCCCCACCGUGUUCGACAACUACAGCGCCCAGAUGACGGUUGAUGGCCGCAUCAUCAGCCUCAACCUGUGGGACACAGCCGGACAAGAGGAAUACGACCGCCUCCGCACUCUGUCCUACCCCCAAUCCAACGUCUUCGUCAUCUGUUUCUCCAUCGGGAGUCCUUCCUCCCACGCCAACGUCCGCCACAAGUGGCACCCGGAGGUGUCUCACCACUGCCCCAGCGUGCCCAUCCUCCUAGUGGGGACUAAGAGGGACCUGAGGAGUGAUGGGGACACGGUGAAGAGGCUGAAGGAGCAGGGUUUAGCUCCCACCACACAGCAACAGGGGAACAGCAUGGCUAAGCAGAUAGGAGCGGUGAAGUACAUGGAGUGCUCUGCUCUGACGCAGGAAGGGGUCAGGGAAGUGUUCAGCGAGGCAGUACGGGCCGUGUUGUAUCCCGUUACCAAAAAGAAUGCCAAAAAGUGUGUACUGUUGUAAUGGAGGGACACAGAUGGGGAGAAGGAGGGAGAGACAAUGACGGCGCAAGGUUGAGUUUGUUGGAGGAGAUGGACUCAGCCCCCUCUGCCUCUCGGCCCCCUCUGCCUCUCGGCCCCCUCUGCCUCUCGGCCCCUUUGCCUUUAAAGACUCUUGAUUCAGCUCACUUCUCUCCUUCCUCCAGCCCCUCAAAAUCAAAUCUGAAACUCAGUCAGUUCCACUGCUUUUUCCCCUAAUUCCCUUCUAAUCAGGGACUAAUUUAGUCCUGGGACACCAGGUGGAUGAUUCCCCUCUAAUCAGGGACUGAUUUAGACCUGGGACACCAGGUGGAUCAUUCCCCUCUAAUCAGGGACUGAUUUAGACCUGGGACACCAGGUGGAUGAUUCCCCUCU